AAGGACGUCCUGCAAUCGGACGAGCUCAUACCCAUUACUUCAUACGCCAGGCGGGCGGACGUGUACACGAGCAACAUCAGGGGCAUGGCCGAGGAGGCGAGGCGAGCCUUUCUCGAUACCGUGGGCGAUCCUGGCAGCGAGCUGACGCGCGUCCCCAGGCUGCGCGCCACUGCUGGCCACCUCUUAAGGGAAGUUGCGAGGGCCCAGCUGAACCUGAACAGGCUGACCAAGUCUUUCACAAGCCAGAUCUCGGCCAGGUACGAGCUCGACUCGCUGCAGAGCGAGGCGGUCACCAGCGAGGCGACGCUGACGCUGGCGUGCCAGUCGCUGGAGCUCAUGGAGGGCAUGGUGGACGAGCAGGAUUUGCUGGACUGCCUGGACGAAUUCACGCGCGCGCUGGCGACGGGCCUCAGCUUCGUGGGCAUUCUGCAGGCGAGGCUGAUGCACAGGCCCGAGAGCAGGGCCGCCGACUCGCUGGGCGAGCUGCUGGAGACCAUCGCGGGCUGUUUCGGCGAGGACGCGCUAAAGGAGGUGCGCCGCGGCAUCUGCCCUCUGUACGAAAAGGCCAGGGAGGCCGUAGGGGUCAUGGAGGUCUCGUGGGAGGUGCUCAACGACAUCCUCGGAGUGCAGGCGUCGGAAGUCCUGCAGACGCUGCGGGCACUUCAGGAGGGCAUCGAGCCGGCGAGCCAGGCAGUGGCCCAGUUCCAGAGCCACCACAGGCUCGCCCUGAAGGACGGCCCCAUGAGCGGGUCCCCGCAGCGCAGCUCGGCAAGCAGCAGCGGCAGCCACAGCGGCAGCCCGGGCCUGGCCUCGACAAGCAGCCGCAGGAGCUCCAGCGCGGGCAGCGAGCCGCAGAGAGCCAGGGUCCUUGCCAUGCAGGUCCGGGAGAAGAUGGAGGCCCUGGUGAACCACAACCUGCUGGUCAGCAUCGAGCAGGUCCAGGCGAUAUGCACGAACAGCAUUUCGGGCAUGCUUCUGGGCAUGGUGAAGCCGAGCCUGCGGAGCGCGCUGGAGGCGGUGCUCGGGGACAGGAGCUGGCUGGCGAAAGAGAGUGCGUGGUGGCACGGCGGGUUCGUGAAUGACGUUUUCGCCGAAGACGGCCCCGAGCUCGAGGACGAGGCGUCGUUCAGCAGCACCCUGCGGCACGGGGAGGCGGAUAUCGACGACUGCUUCGACGACACCGCCACCGUGUACUCGGACGGUGGUGAGCACGUCGUCAGCGUGAGAUCUCCCAAGCAGUCCCGGAUUGCGGAGGCGCCGGCCCCGCUGGUGUGCCCGAAGAACCACGUCCUGCAGCGUGCCCGCUGCACCGGCGAGUACGUCUGCGACCUCUGCGAGCGCACCAUGGAGCCCGGGCAGGUCAUCCUCGACUGCCGGGUGUGCAACUGGGGCCUCUGCAGGCUGUGCGAGCAGGACGCGCGGCCCUCAUCCCCGGCUACCCGGGUGCUCGCCGACGUUGUCCCUGGAACCCGGAGCUGGGGCGGCGGCUUCCGGACGCCCGGGAGUGCGCCGAGCGCCAUCUUCGUGGGCAUGCACCAUCUCCGGCCAGAGGACGCGCUCCUGGAGCUGGAGUCCGACUCGUCCGACCGCCAGGCCGACGCGCACUUCGCGAGGGCGGCGGCGCAGGACGCCCCGGAGCGCCAGGACCCUGGGCGCCUCUCGGCGCGGCCGCGAGUGGCGUCGGCAUCAGCCCGGCGGCCGCGGCCGCCGCCGCCUUCGUACAUCGGGGGCGCGGCGCGGGCCGGGGUGGACGCCAUGGAGCAGGAUUCGCUGUCGACGGUGCCCUCGGGCCCCAGGGUCGAGAAGGAGGAGCGGCCGUUGAGCGUGGAGAGGCACGUGGCGGGAGACCGGUUCCAGACACUGACGGGCAUCAAAGCACAGGCGGCCGCGUCGGUGGAGUCGCACAGCGUUGACGACUUCGAGUUCGAAUUUCAGGAUCACGUCGGCCUGCCUGGGGCUACGAUGGUGAAUCUUCGUCGUCCGGCACCCGCGCCCGACAGCCCGGCCCAGCGCCCGGGGCCGGCAAAGAGGGGCUACGCCGCGUGGCUCGGCAGCGUCCUCAAGCGCAGGGUGCCCCCGGCAGCUACCAGCGUGCCCUCUGCACAGCAGGACGUGACAAUCUGAGGCCACGGGUGCUGGUCUCCGCUGUGUGGCGGCCGUGGUCGCCGCCGCCGGCCUUUUUGCGAAGCCUUCAAACACUGCAGGCGGAGCACUUCGUAGUAAUUUGGGAUUUUUUUUAUUUGCCGCGGGUACCCGCAAUUGCACCCGCAAGUCUACCCGCGACCGCAUUUGGGCAGCACCUUUUGGGCCGUUGUCGACUUCGACGACGCGCCCGCCCGAGUCACCAAUUCGCACUGACAUUCUCGCGCGUCAGCGCGGCCUGCGAUACACGCUGGGAAGUGCCCAGCGAUGUAGCGUCACCGUGGCCGCGUCGUUCGCGCCAGACUAGCUGGCCCCUCUGCGGGCGAGCCUGCGCGCGCUAGCGCGGCCGCAGCGAUGUGCCAGCUGGCGCCAAACAGUCAUCGCAAUCGCCG